UUUCCCGCGGAUUUCGUUGUUACGAUUGUGAUACCGACAUGAUGCUUUCUUAACAUUUUAUUUUUGUGCAAGUAGUUCUUUUAAUUAUAAUAAUUGUGUAUCUGUACGUAGUUAAAUAAUUUUCGAGUUUGUUCAUGUUACUUAAGUGGUCGAUGAUAGUUCCUGAGCCAAAUACAUUGUUAGAAUAGAUUAUUACUUAGGUUAGAAGAAUGUGCUAUUGACAGAUUGUUAUGAUAUAAAAGAUCGUAAUGUUAUAAAAAACAGUUCACAUUUCCAAUUGUUUAGAGACAUCUGGGAUGAAAAUGAUGGAAAAUGAUAGGGAAAAUAAUAGUUGUGUAGAUGUGAAUACUCCUGCCAAGAAAAAGAAGCUGAGACAAGCACAAUUACCAUUCCAACGAAGUCCCAUAGGGUCUACAAGUGUUACACAAACCAAAAAGAGAAAAUUAUCAUCUCCAUCCAUGGAGUGUAAGGGUAUUAAAAUUUCAAGGAAAAGCAAAUCCAUGGAUCGUAAAAUAACAGUUGAUAAACUAAGUAUUCAUCAUGAGUACAUAGAUAUCGCAGAUGACAGUGACAUGGAGAACUUAAAUGAAAAUGCAACUACAAACAAGGAUCAAAGUAAAAAUAAGGAUACAACUUCGAAGCAGGAACCAAAGGAGUUUCAGAAGGCAGUAGUUAAACUGAGUCCUUUAACAAAAUACCUUACAAAAACUGAGGAGAAAGUUGAGGCUUCAAACGUUGAAUCUAGUAAUAAAUUUGAAUUGGAGGCCAACUAUGCAGCUUCACAGCCUGGCAGUUCUACUCAGCACACAGAAACUUUAAAAAAUGAAUCUGUAGAUAAAUCUGAUGGUAAAGCGGAUGAUAAAUCUGAUGAUAAAUUGGAUGGUAAAACUGAUGAUAAAUUGGAUGAUAAAUUGGGUGAUAAAUCUGAUGAUAAACUUGAAUCAAAAGCCGACAAUGUGGCUUCACAAUCCAGCAACUCUAAACAGGAGACAGAAAUAAAUAAUUCUGUGAAUCCUAAUGAUUCCUCCGUAACAGUCAAGUCCUUGGAUGAUGAAAGCCAAGAGCAGUCAGAAGAAAAGUUGGCAGAAAAUGUGGAUACGAGUAGAAAAAAUAUUAACUCGAGCGAGCCUAGCACUUCAACAGCUGAUCAGCUUAUUGAGAAACAAUUAACGCCAAAACAAUUGGAAAGGAAACUGUACUUUGACAUGAAGAGGGAGGAAAAGGAGAAGUUACGAAUGGAGAGAGACAGGAUUCAAGAAGAAAGGCGAAAAGAGAAGGAAGAAAAACGCAGACAGAGAGAAGAGCAGAGAAUAUUGGAGAAAAGCCUGAAGAUACAGAGAAGGCAACAAGAAUAUGAACUGAAGCAGAAGGAGAAGCAAGCUAGGGAAGUUGAGCGUCGGAAAAGAGAUGAAGCUAGAGAGGAAGAAAAGCGAAAGAAGGAAGAAGAGAAAUUAGAAGCGGAGCGGAGGAAGCAGAAGGCAGCUUCGAACUUCACGAGCUUCUUCGUCGCCAAAAAGCAAAAAUCUGUGGAAGAAGAGAGCACCAAGAAAGUCCAGAACUUUAUGCCUUUCGAGGUAAAAGCGGACAUGAAACUGGCACCAGUCUGCAGAAGAAACCUGAGCGAAGAGGAAAAAGACACGCUAGAUAAUACUAAAAACAGAGUAAUAUCAGAAGCAAAACUGUAUCUCAGCAAUCUUAAGAACAAGAAAAUCGUUCCACGCAAGUCGUCGAAAACAUGGCCGCUAGAAACCAAAGACGAUGAUGUUGUUCUCUUAGAUGACGACAACGAUGGCAACGCGAAUAUUGUGAACCAGGACAUCGUCGUAGAGAAACAGAGGACUAAAUUACUCCAGUUCAAAGAGAACAGACGUCCGCCAUAUUGGGGCACAUGGAGGAAACGCAGCGAGAUAAUAAAUCCUAGGAAACCCUUUUCGAAGGAUGAGAAAUGGUUCAAUUACGAGAUAGAUUCGGACGAAGAAUGGGAAGAAGAGGAGCCAGGCGAGUCUCUGCAUGGUUCUGACGAAGAAAAGGACGAGGAAAAUCCAGAAGACAAUGAGUACGAUGUGGAUAACGAGUUCAUGGUUCCCCAUGGAUACUUAUCCGAGGAGGAACUCCGGGCUGACGAAGAAGAUAAGGAAGGCAUGACGCCAGAAACGCACAAGUUCAAGCUAAAAGUACUGGGCGAACAAUUCGAGAGCGAGAGGAAUACGAAGACAUCGAAACUGAAGCCGAAAAUCGUGGGCUGCGUUUGGAGAGGGCUGGAGAAUUCAUUUUCCGAAAACGUUCCUCCAAGAACCAGGGACUUCCUCUUGACUCGCGAGGCCUGGGUGCAGCAGACUCCAGUGUCUCUGCCAACGGCAAUAGAAAACGACGCGGGUGCAGAAUGCGGUACAACCACGGAUCAAUCGACCCCAAAACACUCCAGAAAAUCCCGUUUCCCCGCAGAGGCAAUUCCAGAGUUGAUUCGACUGCUACACGGCAACACGCACGGCAGAGGGUUCUUAGUCAAAGAGUUCUUCACGUUCUGGAACAAGAAGCACGAGCCCUUGGGGAACCAAAUCUCGAAGAGCAGCCUGAUGCACAAGAUUCGCGACUUGGGAAAGUGGACUUCGUGCCCCGAAGAGGGUCCCAUGCACUUGAAGCCUUGCUGGUACGUCCCUCAAGAUAUCCGGAAAAAGUACCUCGAAGAGGACCUUCAGUUGCCGAAUCAAUGGUCCUAUAAUCUGAUACCGAAAAGGAAACGCAUGCAGAUGAUGAUGGAGGUCGAAGAGAAGGAAGAGGACAAGAAGAACGUGCCAUUAAUUACGCAAUUCACUAAGAAGAUUACGCAAGAGGAGAUGAAGAAGCAGUUAACUGUUGACAAGCCUGUCAAGCCUCCGAAGAGGGCGAUCCUGAUCUCUGUCGCUAGAGAGGAGCAGCUUCCUUCAACGUCCAGAGACAGUCCUUUGAAAAAAUUCAUCACCAAUGAGAAGAAGGCAGAUACGCAGAAGUAUGAAGAUGAUACAGAUGACGAUAUUGUUAUUCUUGUUGAUCAACGUGAGGAAGCCGAUAAAAAGAAGAACGUCAAAACCAUUCCAAAUGUAGUCAAGAGCAGAAAGAAAAAGAAAGUUAGUCCGAGAAAGAUAACAAAUAGUAGUAAGCAAAUCAAGAUCAAGAUAGAGAACAAAAGUGCAACAGGGAGUGUAUCAACUUCCGUGGAUGUCGAGGAGAUCAAUUGAGAAGGAGAUGGUGUAAUUGUAAACAAUUUUUGUACGGGAAAAAAAAAUGAAAAGGAUUUGUGAUAACCGGGUAGUAAUAAGGCGGAAUGAUGAGAAAUGAAUUGAAAUUGCAGUAAGCUUCUUGCAUUGAAUUAUUUAACUACGUAUAUAAAUGUGUAUAAAGUCCUGUUGGUGGCAAGCAACCUAUAUAUACGGCAUAGUUGUUGUUAUUACUGGUACUAUCUAGGAGAUGUAAUUGUUUCAAUAUUUCUUGCUAAAUGUUUUUGCUUCGAUGCUUCGUGUCAUUGUUCUUUGAGCUUACGGCGCCAAGAAUUAUUUAGGCGUAGCAAUCAUGGCCCAAACGUUGGCUUAACAAUUUCUCUAGAACUUUUCAAGAAUUCUACACGAAUUCGAAAAAUAUUUAUUAGAAUUAAGAGUUGUUAUGCUUCACGUUUUUUAACGCGAUGAUCACGAUAAUUCUCGCGUUCGAUUCCGGGGACGAAAUAGAUUACAGAGCAGCUGCUGCAUGUUGCGUAUCAUCGCGCGUUUUAAGCUAAUUAAACGCGGAUGAUCACUAGCCUUGCCAGAUUUUCUACUCUGCUAAUCGUUUCGAGCAACGGUGUCUAAAAGUCGACCCGAUUGGCCUACGUUUAGAACAAAUCGAUGAACCUGCAGUAUUUUAGAUCCCAAGAGUGUUAAGCUAUUCGAUCGGACAACUAGAAAUCUGAUCGAUUUCGUUGGGAAUCCGACAACCUUCAACGAUAUUGUUGAAUUGUUCUAAAUUGCAGACCAAUAACAUUCCAGCUGAAGUCGUUAGUCGGUGCUUGAGAAUGUUGAGGAUUAAGAAAUAGUCGCCUAGAAUCGAAAAAUACUCUGCUUUUUUUAUACAAAUAAAUAAACGUAAGGCUGCUAUUAUAUUGACGCUUGUUGAAUCUGUCGUUAGUGAAAAUUUUUAAUCCGAGAAAUCGGUAGAACGAUCGCGUUUCGCGAAAGUUUUAUUGAUGUUUAUUAGAUUGAUCGAUGUCUAUUAGAGGACCGUGUAAUUAGGAAAAUCUCAGAGUAUAUUACGAUAGAAUGCGCGGGAUUUUUAGGUGUGUACGCGAACGGCAAAAGAAUCUCGUGGGGAAACGAUCAAAACGAGUGAAGUAACUAAGGCGUUGCCAACUACUAGCUAUUAUACUUUUAUAAUACAAAUUAGUGAAUAAAUUUCAUAAUAUCUAUACGA